AUGCUAUUGUUCCGUAUAUCGUCUCUGAGCCUGUUUUGCCUCCAGUUGUGCCACCUUAGCUUAGCAAGCCCUGACGAGUAUCGGCUACUGUCGGACCUUCGCCACAACUACGACCCUUAUGAACGGCCUGUCGCGAACGCGUCAGAGCCUCUGGUUGUCAGCGUGAAAAUCUAUCUGCAGCAGAUCCUUGAUGUAGACGAGAAGAAUCAAGUCAUCACUCUUGUAGCUUGGAUAGAAUACCAGUGGACGGAUUAUAAGCUAAAGUGGCAGCCAUCAGAGUAUGGAGGUAUCAAAGACAUACGUGUGCCGGGAAAUGCAAAUGCUAUAUGGAAACCGGACGUGCUUUUAUAUAACAGCGCUGACGAGAGUUUCGACUCCACAUAUCCUGUCAAUUACGUUGUAAGUCAUACCGGUCAUGUGCUUCAAGUACCGCCUGGAAUUCUCAAACUGUCAUGUAAAAUUGAUAUCACGUAUUUCCCCUUCGACGAUCAAAUGUGUCACCUAAAGUUCGGUUCAUGGACUUACAGCGGCAACUUCAUUGAUUUACGCAUUAAUGGGCCCGAGGGAAUGAACAUAUCGGAACAAGGAAUGGACAUAUCAUACUAUGUGGAAAACGGAGAAUGGAAUUUGCUAGCGGUUCCAGCUCGCAAUGAAACGAAUGUUUUCGAUGAUCAACCAUAUCCAUCAAUAUACUUUUACCUUGUCAUCCAAAGGAGGACGUUAUAUUACGGCUUAAAUUUGAUAAUACCAUCGCUUCUCAUAUCACUCAUGACAGUGCUUGGAUUCACGCUGCCUCCAGAUGCUGGAGAAAAAAUCACUCUAGAGAUCACUAUUCUUUUGUCCGUCUGCUUCUUCCUUAGCAUGGUAGCUGAUAUGACUCCUCCAACUUCUGAAGCAGUACCUCUGAUUGGCGCGUUCUUCUCAUGUUGUAUGCUGGUGGUUUCCGCCUCUGUCGUCUUCACAGUACUUGUUCUUAAUCUUCACAACCGAAAGCCGGAAACCCAUGAAAUGAGUCCGUUUUUGCGCGAGUGCCUUUUGAUUUGGCUGCCAUGGAUCCUAAUGAUGCGAAGACCCGGCACAACAGUCUUCAAUCGCAAAGAAAUCAAAGUACGAAAGGCUGAGGAUGUAGCGAAGAAGACGGAAUUGAGGAACGGCCGGUCAUUUGAAGGGGUAAUAACUGCAACUAACAGCCUCUCACUUAUCCGGAGCAUUCGCGCGAGCAAAAACGGACAACAAAUCAUCGAAAUGGAACACAUCAAUAGUGGGAAUUCUCACGGCGAGAAGUCGGUCACUACAACGCUGCCGAACUCGUACAUUGCAAGACCACCCACGAAGCGAAUUCCAACCUACGCUGCCUCCGGUUACGAAUCCGAUCAGGAACAGCGUGAAGGCGUACUUCUUGAAGUGAAUAAGUGUAUGCAAAAAGCCUGCCUUGAACUGAAGACAAUAUCUGGACAGAUAAAGGUGAUGAGAAAGAGGAUGGAAGAGGACGAAAGGGAUGAGCAGGCAGCAAACGACUGGAAAUUUGCUGCGAUGGUAGUCGAUCGGCUAUGCUUAUUCAUAUUCUCUAUAUUCAUAGUUGUAUCAACGUGUGGAAUAAUGUUCAGCUCUCCACAUCUAAUUGCUUGA